AUGGACUCCCGUCUAGCAUCCGACUUCUUUCGCCAGCUCUUCCGCCAUCGACCGCGAGGAUGUGUACGAAACUCCGCUGCCGGCCGCCAUCACCACCAUCGCCAUGAGCUGUGCGCCGCCGUCUCACGCCCACCCUCGCGACGGACGUACUCUGCACGGCCAAGGGCAUCCAAGGACCGAGGCAUGAAGUCCAACGAGUCCCGGUGGCAGCAGCGGUCGACAAUCAUGCCCGAGGACCGCACAGCCGAGUUCGCCCAGUACCCCGAGCUGUCGAGCUGGGAUCUCAAGGCUCGCACGGAGCGGCCACGACGAUGCAAGAUGCUGCUCCGGGACUUCAUAGACGACAGUCUAUACAACCCCGCCUACGGCUACUUCUCCAAGCAAGCCGUCAUCUUCAGCCCAGGCGAGCCCUUCGACUUCAAUUCGAUGCGGGACGAGCUGGAGUUCAACUCGGAGCUGGGACGGCGGUACACCGAGUUCGAGGACGCCCUGGACGACGCCGAGGGCGAGAACCCGACGCGGCAGCUGUGGCACACGCCCACGGAGCUCUUCCGACCCUACUACGGCGAGGCCAUGGCGCGCUACCUGGUGUCCAACUACCGGCUGCACACGUACCCGUACGACGACCUGCUCAUCUUCGAGAUGGGCGCCGGCCGCGGCACCCUGAUGCUCAACAUACUCGACUACAUCCGCGCCAUCGACCCGCAGGUCUACGAGCGCACGCGCUACAACGUCAUCGAGAUCUCGCCCUCGCUGGCCGCCAUGCAGGAGCGUCACCUGCUCUCCGCCACGGCCGAGUCACGCGGCCACGCCGACAAGGUCGACAUCGUCAACCGCUCCAUCUUCGAGUGGGACCGCUACGUCCCCUCCCCCUGCUUCUUCCUCGCCAUGGAGGUCUUUGACAACUUCGCCCACGACGCCAUCCGCUAUGACGUCGCCGCCGAGGUGCCCCUCCAGGCGCACGUCCUCAUCGACGCGGACAACGACAUGUACGAGUUCUACCUCCGCCAGCUCGACCCCCUGGCCUCCCGCUUCCUGCGCAUCCGCGACGCCGCCACCGCGGGCAAGUACCCCAGGCCCUACCCAACCAACCCACUCCUCCGCUCCCUCUCCACGCGCCUCCCCUUCGCGCCCAACCUAUCCAGCCCGGAGUUCAUACCGACCAGGCUCCUCCAGUUCUUCGACGUCUUGGAGAAGUUCUUCCCCGGCCACAGGCUCGUCUCUUCCGACUUCAACUCCCUCCCCCAGGCCAUCAAGGGUCUCAACGCUCCUGUUGUCCAGACUCGCUACAAGAGGACUACCGUCCCUGUUUCGACUCCUCUGACAAGACAGGUCCACCAAGGUUACUUUGACAUCCUCUUCCCCACAGACUUCAACAUAACAGAGGCCAUCUACCGUGCCGUCACCGGGAAACUCACCCGCGUCAUGUCCCACGAGGACUUUAUGCGUCACUGGGCCUAUGUCGAGGACACCGAGACCCGGAGCGGUGAGAAUCCUCUGCUAUCUCACUACCGGAAUGCCAGCGUCAUGGUGACCGUGUAG